AUGGGAGGGGUUGAGGGGGGUCCCAGGCGGCUACUGGUUUAUACUGGUUUAUACUGGGAGACUCACGCAGAUGGUGGAAAGCGUAAGGUGGAGGUGGUGUCACCCGCCACCCCCGUCCCCGCCGCCACCGAGACCUCGCAGGCCUCCGUCUUCCCCCAGGCAGGAGGCGGCAGAACCCGCCAUCGAGCCGACUGGAGGUUCUCUCCGAUGGGGGGUAACCCCGAAUUUCUUUCCCCCCACCCCUUCCCCGACCCCCAGGACUCUCAGGACUCGUCGGACGGAGCCCCCUCUGCCCCCCGGAUGACGGGGAGCCUGGUGUCUGAUCGCAGCCACGACGACAUCGUCACCCGCAUGAAGAACAUCGAGUGCAUCGAGUUGGGGCGGCACCGCCUCAAACCCUGGUACUUCUCCCCCUACCCCCAGGAGCUGACGGCGCUGCCCGUCCUCUACCUCUGCGAGUUCUGCCUCAAAUACGGCCACAGCCUCCGCUGCCUCCAACGGCACCUGGUAGGGACCCCCCCCCUCAUCUUUGGGGAACCCCCCCUGCGUCGUUAGGGACCUCCCGGGGGGCGGAUUUGGGGUGUCUGAGGUGG